AUCAGCUCAGUGUUGUAGGCACUGGAGAAACGGAAUUUGACUUCACACGCAGGGUAAAAAGCAUCAAGCAGUUUUGGACCUGAGAUAUUACUGACUGCAACUAAAAGUGUUCCGAAGCAUGGGAAAUGCCGCGAAAAGAAUGUUCUUGUUCUUAUGGAUGGUGUAUCUGUUGCUCUUAAUUGAGUCGAAGACAUCCAAGCAGAUGAGAUGUCCCGGGGGAUGUACUUGCUCUAAGGAUAAUGCUUUGUGCGAAAAUAGAAAAUCCAUUCCUCACAAUUUUCCUCCCGGUGUAGUUUCCUUGUCGUUUGCGAAGUCUGGUUUCAGUGAAAUCCCACAAGGCAGCUUUUUACACAUGCCUUCCCUGCAGCUCCUCUUGUUCACUUCAAACUCUUUUGACACUGUUGGAGAUGAUGCCUUCCUUGGUCUUUCUCAACUCAAAUACCUGUUUGUAGAAAACAACAAAAUCCAAUCCAUCUCAAGGCAUGCAUUUCGAGGACUCAAGUCUCUAAUUCACCUAAGCUUGGCAAAUAACAAUCUCAAGACACUUCCAAAGGAUGUAUUCCAAGGGCUGGAUGCCUUGACUAAUGUGUAA